CAUUACAUCUCCAUCUCUCUCCGUUUCCUCUGUCUAAUUAUCACAGCUCGUUUUUUUGCGAUAGAUAACGUUCCUUUCAAAGACAUGGAGAACAUCAACGUUUAUUCACCGGAAUGUUCACCGGAAAACGUCUCACCACCACCACCACCUCCUCCGGUAAAAUCAAACUCCGGUACGAAGUUGAAGAAGUCAACGGUACAAAAAUGCGGUAGCUUCGCUUCUAAAGCUACAAGAGAUGCAUGGGAUCGUAUGUUCGACGAAGCUCAUGGAGCUGAUGUCUUGAUCCACACGGAUAAUAAUGGCUUGAUCUACGCGCAUUCCAACGUCAUCGGAAUGGCCUCAGAUGUAAUAAGAGGAUUGAUGAAGCAAGACAAGAGAAAACCUCAUCGCAAAUCAAUCUCAAUACUCGGCGUUCCUCACGAUGCUGUUCGCGUUUUCAUUCGAUUUUUAUACUCUUCUUGCUACGAGAAACAAGACAUGGAAGACUUGGCGAUACAUCUUCUUGUACUAUCACACGUCUACGUGGUUCCGCAUCUGAAACGAGUAUGCGAGUCACACUUCGAAAACACUCUGCUCAACAAAGAGAAUGUGAUCGAUGUGUUUCAGCUAGCUCUUCUCUGCGACGCUCCUCGUCUCGCUCUUCUCUGCCACAGAAUGAUACUAAAUAGCUUCGAAGAAGUUUCUACUUCCGAAGGAUGGCAAGCCAUGAAACAAAGCCACCCUAGUCUCCAGAAAGAGCUCUUACGCUCUGUCUCCUACGAGCUUGAUGUAAAGAAGCAAAGAAGCAGGAAACAGAAAGAGAUUCAGACAUACACUCAGCUGUACGAUGCAAUGGAAGCUUUUGUCCACAUAUGUAGAGACGGAUGCAGAGAGAUCGGUCCAACAAAGGUCGAAAACCCUCACGUCUCUUGCGGGUUUCAAGCGUGCGACGGUCUGGAGAAGCUGUUGAAACAUAUGGCCGGAUGCAAGCUGAGAUCAAUCCCUGGUGGUUGCAGCCGUUGCAAGAGAAUGUGGCAGCUUCUUGAGCUUCACUCGCGUAUCUGCGUCGACUCGGAGCAGUGCAGAGUCCCUCUCUGCGGUGACUUCAAGGAGAGGAUGAAGAAACAGAGCAGGAAAGAUGAGAAACGAUGGAAACUUUUGGUGAAGAAUGUUUUGAGCACCAAGAGAAUUGGAGGGUCUCCAUACUUUUUGCAGGCUAUUGAUGUUACUCUAUGACAUUAUUAUUAUUUCAUUUCAUUUCAUAUCAGAAUUAGAGAUUGCAUAUACAUGUAUAGAGUACAGAUUCUUUAUUAAUAGAUAAAUAGAUUCAAAAUUCAGUGUUCUAA